GGGCCCGGCAUCGCGGGCGCGCGGCAUCGCGGCCAUGGCCAAGGAGCGGCGAAGGGCCGUCCUGGAGCUGCUGCAGCGGCCGGGGAACGCGCGCUGCGCCGACUGCGGCGCCCCGGAUCCUGACUGGGCCUCCUACACCCUGGGGGUGUUCAUCUGCCUGAGCUGCUCUGGAAUCCACCGGAGCGUUCCCCAGGUCAGCAAGGUGAAGUCGGUUCGCCUGGACGCCUGGGAGGACGCCCAAGUGGAGUUCAUGGGCUCCCAUGGAAACGACGCUGCAAGAGAUGUGUAUGAGUCCAAAGUGCCUGCCUUCUACUACCGGCCCACGUCGUCCGACUGUCAGCUUCUGCGGGAGCAGUGGAUCCGGGCCAAGUACGAACGGCUGGAAUUUACCAACCCGGAGAAGCAGGAGCCAUACUCCGCAGGAUACCGAGAAGGCUUCCUUUGGAAGCGAGGCCGGGACAAUGGGCAGUUUUUAAGCCGGAAGUUUGUGCUGACCGAGCGAGAGGGGUCGCUGAAGUAUUUCAACAGAAAUGAUGCCAAGGAGCCCAAGGCUAUCAUGAAGAUUGAACAUCUGAACGCCACCUUCCAGCCAGCCAAGAUCGGCCACCCCCACGGCCUGCAGGUCACCUACCUGAAGGACAACAGCACCCGCAACAUCUUUGUUUACCACGAGGAUGGGAAGGAAAUCGUGGACUGGUUCAACGCACUCCGUGCAGCCCGCUUCCACUACCUGCAGGUGGCAUUCCCGGGGGCCAGCGACGCCGACCUGGUGCCGAAGCUCUCCCGGAACUACCUGAAGGAAGGCUACAUGGAGAAAACCGGGCCCAAGCAAACAGAAGGCUUCCGAAAGCGCUGGUUCACCAUGGAUGACCGGAGGCUCCUGUACUUCAAAGAUCCCCUGGACGCCUUUGCUCGCGGGGAAGUCUUCAUCGGCAGCAGGGAGAGCGGCUACACGGUGCUGGAUGGGCUCCCGCCGUCCACCCAGGGCCACCACUGGCCGCAUGGCAUCACCAUCGUCACACCUGAGCGCAGGUUCCUGCUGGCCUGCGAGACGGAGUCUGAGCAGCGGGCAUGGAUGGAGGCUUUUCGGAAGGUGGUGGACAGGCCCAUGCUGCCCCAGGAGUACGCUGUGGAAGCCCACUUCAAGCAUAAACCCUAAGGAGAGCAGGUCAUGGAGGCCGAGGGACCUGGACUGACUUGCUGCAAGUGCCAUCCAAGAGUUGGCUGCUAGGCGGGGCUGCAGACGGAGGGGCAGGGCUCCAGCCUCCUGGCCCCGCCCUGAGGGGACACCCUGGUGCGGCCAGGCGGGGCCUGAGCUUUAGCCACUGAGACUUGUUUCUCCGGAACCUCACCUCAGGCUGGCCGGCCUGACCUCGGACCCCAUCGUGCUGCUGUCCACAGAUGUGACCCUGCUCCCCCUAACCCCGUCCCCUGGACCACCCUUCCUUGGGGCAGCCCCUCACCCAUUCACUCUGCCCCCUGCCCACCAGAGCAGGACCCUGCCCGACCAGGAGACUGGGCUGUGGGGACAGCGGGCAGCCUGCAUGCCUCUCCUCCGGCCCCUCUUACACGUCCCCUCAACAAGUAUUUAUUGAGCACCUUCUGUGUGUCAAUCGUGGGGUCCUGGGUGCUGGCACAGGGGUACUGUUCUUAUCCUCAAGGAGCUGACCUGGCGUGUGCAUGAGGGUCCUGGGGGCAGAGGCCCCCAACGGGCUGGGGUUUCAGGGCUGCCUGCCCACUGGGCGCUUGGGCACCUGGAUUGGGAGGAAGAAUGGAGAGUCAGCUCUGGUCUGCUGCCUGCUGGGCACUGACUGGUGACCCACCCCACAGGCCUGGAAGAUGGAGGCUGAGCUUGCCCCCCCCAGGACCCCAGUGUGCUGCUGGCCAGCUGGUAGUUACAGCCGCCGAGCCUCUCCCCGGGCACCCUGGCCCUGCCCGCUCUUGGUGGCCCCUCCUGUCCCACUGGACUGGCCCUUGAGGGGACCAAGAGUCCCCAAGGCAGGGUGGUGUCCCCGCACCAGCCCCACACGACCUAUCCUUAAGUGGUCUCUUGUGUUAUAUUAGAGGUUGGGGUGGGGGUUCUGGGCCCCAGGAAGACCUACCUGCUGGCUACAGAAAAGCCAGAACAUGGGGACACUUCUAGGCAACAGUGCCCAAGGGCCCCUGCCUGUCCUCGCGGGCCCGGCUCCCACCAGGCCUUCUUCCCUCUGUAUCUGAGCACACAACCUGCCCCCUCACACCCGUGCAAACCUGGACGGGGGUGGCCACAGGGUCCAGAGAGGAGCAUGAGGCAGGCCCCCCCAUCUCUGCCCUGACCCUACUGAGCAGAGGCUGCCAGGGUAGAGGCCCCCCCAGACAGUUGGGCUGGGGGUGAGGCCAGCCGGCAUGUCAGCCAGGGCCACUGCCCGAGUCCCAAAGACCCCACCUGCCCCAGGACAGGCUGUCCAUUCGCCCUGCCCCUCCACAGCCGUGACCCACCACCACUGGGCCGUCUUCCCAGGAAACAAGCCCCACAGGCAGGAAGAAGCCUCCUCCUGGGAGACUAGAAACCUCGUGGUCCCCUCCCCGGCCACGAGUCCUCUGGGACCGAUCUAGACCCUCUCUCGACCCAGAGGCAGAUAUACUGUGCCCGUUUUAAUAAGAAACAAUUUUACCUCUGGUGGGAAGAAUUUCUGGAACAAGGCAGUAAACUCAUGGUCCAUAAAGGCAACCACCGGGCUUACCUCACACAUGUUCAAGAGAUGGGCCGCUCGUAGUUCGGGUGCUGGUCUGAAGGUCAGCAUGGGGCCAACGGUCGUGGUGGCCUCUGCCUCCCUUGUCCCGUAUGGUGAAAAUGCGGGGACACGAGGCCUGCCCGGCUGCAGGUGCCAUUCACGACUGUCGGGUAACAGGGCCACGCCCCCAGGAGAAGUGGGCCUCCAGGAGCUGAGGGUCCAGGCAGAUGCCACCCUAGAGUGACUUGGGCGCAGCAGGACAGCAGGCAUACAGGGGCACCAUGCUUACCAGGCAAAACUGCACAGAAAGACCGCCGUUCCCCUCAAACUCCCCACACACCGACUGCGCUGGACGCAGGGUGCAGUUCCAGGGUGAACAUCACGGCACGAGCCAGGCACCCAAUGUGGGCUUGGGACCCCGCACUUCAGAACCUCCCCCUUUCAAGGACUCCCGGAAACAACCCCCACUCCUGAGAACCAUGCCGGGGAGCUGGUGGGGGCUCAGCAUGGUCUGUCCCUGCCUUCCCUGCGGCCUGAUGUCCAUGGCGCCUCCCCAUUUAAAUACACCAUGGCUACAUAUUUACACGGAGAGCCACGAGAACGUCUGUCACAUGUGCAUGGCUGCCCACAGCACCCACAUGGGCACGCCAGUCCCGGCAUGUGCUCCCCGCUGCGCACUCAGAAAGGACGAGCAUGGCAAAGCCCAGUAUAAAGGAUUUAUUUGAACUCAACAAUUAACACAAACCUCCCUUUAAACCCCAUUUACAGUCAAUGAAAGUGUGCGCUUGCUCCUCGCCAUGCAUGAUCGCCAUGUAUUAAUCUACAACUCUUAAAUUGUGAAAAAAUAAAGUGUCUCCCCUCUUGUAAUCGC